CAUUAACCAAAAUCCAUUUUUUAGGGCUGUUUAAGUUUCUAAAAAAGGUAUUCUCAGGUAUCAUAUGUAUUUUGUGUGUGUAUGCCAGAGAGAGACAGACAGGCAGACAGUGCCCUUACUUGAACAAGGUUUGAGGAGUGUCUGAAGGAGUUGGUGUAAGUACGCUUAACAAAUUUCAUUUAUCAGCCUUUUGCCAGUAGGGAAACAACUGUGUCUUCAGUGCCGCUAACCUGGUUUGGCAAUAACUCAAAUUGUAUGAAGCAGUUGAUACUAUCUUAACAUGUGUAGGACACCAUGUUCUUUUUUUUUUUCCUCUAGCCGUUGCCUCUAUUUGCAUGACUGGCCAAUGUAUGUUGAUAAACCUCUUCCUGUCCUACCUGUGUCUGUGCUCUAUUGUGAUUGGCUCCCUGUGGCUGUUUGCACUGAAACCUGAUCAUGACCCACCUUAUCUACUGGCCACACACCCCUUUCCCAUGAAAACCAGCUUUGGUCUUCCUGCCUGAUGCUAUCAGUGUAUGUGUGCAAGGAAGCAAGGAUGGCAGCAACUAACAUUUCAGUGGAAGAAGACCAGUUCUGCUGCCCGGUCUGUCUGGAAGUGCUUAAGGAUCCAGUGACUACUCCCUGUGGACACAGCUACUGUAUGGACUGCAUCAAGAGUUACUGGGACAAGAGUGACCUUAAGGGCGUGUAUAGCUGCCCUCAAUGCAGAGAAUCCUUCUCCCCGAGACCGGUGCUCGGCAGAAACAACAUCCUCGCGGAAGUCGUGGAGAAGCUGAGGAAAGCCGGAGUCCAAGCCUCUCGCAUUUCCCAGACGUACGCAAACGUGCUUGAGGACGUGGAAUGCGACAUCUGCACCAAGAGAAAGAGCAAAGCGGUGAGGACUUGUUUGGUGUGUCUAGCCUCCUACUGUGAGAGCCACCUCAAGGUUCAUCAGGAGAGCAAACGUGGCGGCAGCCACAAGGUGGUGGAGGCCAUAAAACAACCGCACAGAAGGCUCUGCUCGCAGCACAGGAAGCCUCUGGAGGUGUUUUGUCACACUGAUCAAAGGUGCAUCUGCUUUCAGUGUAAGGCUGAGGGACACAAAGGUCACAAUGUUGUCUCUGCUAAUUCUGAACGAGAAGUCAGACAGAAGCAGCUGAAAGAUGCUGGGAGGAGAUCCAGACAGAUGAACAGAGAGAGGGAGAAAGAAAUCAGGCAUGUGGUCAAAUACAUAAAGCAAUCAUCUGAGGCCGCGGGGGAAGACAGCGAGAGGAUCUUCUCCAAGCUGGCCCGCACCAUAGAGAGGAAGCGCUUGGAGGUGAGACAGCUGAUCAAGACCCAGGAGAGAGAGGCUGUGGCCCGGGCAGAGACCAUUCUCCAGGCUCUGGACGAACACAUGACCGAGCUCAACAUCAGAGACUGUCAUUUGGACCGGCUGUCCCAGACAGAUGACCACAUCCAUUUCCUCCAGAGAUGCAGAUCAUUAGAGGGCAUCCCAGAUGUAGGGGAUCUCCCCAGUCUUGACAUUCACCCAUACUUCUCUCUGAUUGCCAUGAAAAAGUCACUCACUGAACUGCAGGAGCGUCUGGAUGAUGUAUUCAAGAGAGAACUAUCCACCAUCUCAGAUAUAAUUCAUAAAGAGGAGCGCACUCUGCCUUUAUCCACAUCCAAACCCCAGACUUUAAGACGAGGCAAAUCAGUAGAAGAUAUGACCAUGCAACACACAAAUCCACCCAGGACCAGAGCAGAGCUCUUGCAGUACGGCUGUGAGGUAACUCUGGACCUGAACACCGCCAACUCCUUCCUCAGCCUGCGAGAGGGAUUGAGAGAGGUGAUGACGGGGAGGGAGCCUCUGAAGUAUCCCGACCACCCAGAGCGCUUCACCUGCUGGGCCCAGCUGCUGUGCAGGCAUGGCCUGUGUGGACGGUGCUACUGGGAGGUGGAGUGGAAGGGCGGGGGAGGCGUCUCCAUAGGGGUCGCUUACAAAAGCAUCCGGCGCAACGUUGGCAGCGCUGACGGCAAGCUGGGACACAACAACAGAUCCUGGAGUCUGGAUUUCCUGGUCUCCGGGUGUUACUUCCAGCACAAUAAAACCAGGGUGGACAUACCGGUUCCGCACUCCACUAAAGUCGGGGUGUACGUGGACCACAGGGCGGGGACCCUGGCGUUCUACAGCAUCUCGGACACACUAACCCUCCUCCACAGCGUGCAGACUACCUUUACUCAACCACUAUACCCAGGAUUCUGGGUGGGACUGGGCUCCACCUUAAAGAUUUGCCCUUUUUUCAACUUUGCAACCUGAGGUGAGUGCACAACCUAAUGUGGGUGGAUGUCAUUCAUUACGCAACCAUGUGUGUCAACUAGGGAAAACCUCGUUCUCAGCGGA